CCACAAUUUACCAACUUUCACUGUUCACACUUCACACGGUGUGCAGCUUGUAUAUUUCACCCAUCAUUUAUGAUUCAAGUAUAUAUACAUACAUCCACGUUAGAAAGAUAGACAGUCUCCAGCUAUAUGUAUAGCUGACUAGCUUCAGUGCGUUCAGUAUCGAUAAUUGACUCAGUGAACUGACCGUACAUAUAACCGUCCACAAUGCUUCGGUGUGACCGCAUCUUUUAGCGUGGUAUUCUAUAAGUUGGCUUCAGGCGCUGAAUAAAAUACGGAUAAUAUAAAAGCAAAUCUUAUCGCACGGUGCGAUUCAAUGGUCAGAUACUGUUGCUGAUUAAUUGAUAAUGUACAAGCUGCGUGUGUUGCCGGCCAUAGGCCCCCAGCUGUGGAGGCGGUCCGUACAGAACGCACUACAGCAUCAGCACGGAGUACGACAACGCAAUGUUUUCAGUAGUCCAACACGCAGGUAUACAACCGGAAAUAAGAAUAAUGACUCUAAAGCUGAUCAGAAGUUACCGUCGUCGCAUACUUCGAACCCCACCAACGCGAGGGACAGUACAGCAGAGACUGUCAAAUCAGAUGCCACGAGCGGAGAUGUGCCCUCUAGUGCUCACGGUCCUUUGUAUGCUACACCCUCUGAAGUAAAUUCCCAGCACUUCUCCCUUUCAGCUAACAAAACAGCGAGUGCAAACUCAGCACAGACCGGGGCAUCCCGUGUUCAUAGUCCGUUGUAUGGCAAACCUUCUGAGGUGCCCCAAACAAGCACAACGCAAUCUGCUACCAACCCUGCGAGUUUACUACACCCAUCUAAUCCUACCUCGCAGCCCUCGAAUACAAUGCCACCACCCGAUGCGGCCCAAUCUGCACCGAAUGGGGCACCAGCAAACACACACCCAUCUGCAACAAGCACGCUAUCCUCUACACAAGCAGCACUGCAUGGUAGACUCGCACACUCACAUUCAAGUAGCACAUCCUUCUCGCAAACACAGACAAGUACAGGAGCAUCGCAAGGUGGAAAUGGUGGGAAAGUUGUCGAAAAUGUAAUGGGUAGUGCUUCAAGUGGGCGUGAAGUGCCUAGAAGCGCGCAUACGAGCGCGAAUGGAGCAGCUUCAAACGGGAAGGGACCAAGCGCUGGUACAGAUAGUACCACAGGCACCGGCGCAGAAGCUGUGACUCAGAGUAUGAUUGCGUUCAAGAAUAUGAGCGUGAGUGGCUUGAACAAAGUACGCGAGAAAGUGGGGCGCACGUCAGAUAAGUGGGUGUCCGGGUUUAAGAGUUUCCAGUCAGAUUUAAAGGCGAGUAGCGGUUCGGGGCACUGGACGGAGAACAUUGGUGCGUGGACUAAGAUUACAUCGGAGCGAAUCAAUGCUCUGACGGGCUAUGAGGGGAUUAUGAGGCUCAAAGCGGGUGUGGAGACCAGCGACGCAGCACACAUGUCUGCGAGAGUGGCGUAUAAAGAAGCUCAGGCUUACCUGGCAGAUAUUCUCAAGCAACGGAGAACAGCACAACAGGAAAUUAAUUCGCUUCUGCAAAAGCAGCAACACUGGGGGAGUGAAGACGUGGUCAAAUUCGGCGAACUGCACAGACUUGAGCACCAGUUGAAGCGCAGUGAGGAGGCCGCCGAGAAAGCCUUGGAACGCGCGGAGGGGAAUGUGGAGACGACCCUGCGUAAAUAUACAUUAGCCAUUCGAGAACGUUACCAUGAGGAACAGCUCUGGAGUGACAAGAUUCGUAGCAUUUCUACGUACGGAACGCUCAUCGUUAUGGCUUUCAAUUUCUUCCUUGUGUUCCUAUCUCUGGUUGCCUUUGAGCCUCGCAAAAGAAGGAGAAUCAUCGCCGGUGUGAAUGAGAGGUUAGAAGACGUUCUGACAGAAGAACGCCACUUCAUACACAGGGAAGUGCAGGAUGCUGUGAAGGCUCUCGACCGCACGUUCCUACUCGAAGCUCUUACUGCGCAAUCGAAAUCCAACUCAUCGGCGGAGACUACAUCGCCACUGCAAUCGAAAUCUAUAGAAAAUCAGUCUUCUACGCUUGCAUCUGAUACUGCGCCUGAAGCAAUCACAGAGAUAGCGACAGAAGGUGAAGUUUUCAGGGAGGCGGACGUUGUGCACGAUGUAGGUGAGCCGUCGGUAACGGUACAUACGAUCAAUCCGGGUGCUUCUACUAGUCUCGAGAUAGAUUCGCCAGCGUCGCAAAUACUCAACGUACUGAGCAGGGUGAGCACAACGAUCUCGGAUAUGAUUCCGGCGAGCAUCGCCAAGCAUUCGCCAAAUUACGGUCUUGUGCAUGACGAAGAAGUUCAAAAACUACUCAUAGGGACUGUGCUUGUCUCAGCCACAGUUACAUUUAUGCUGCAGCGACUGCUGGGAUCAUAGCGUUGUUUAGCUAAAUAAGUCUAAAGCUUUUCACGUAAGUAUGUUCGUUGAAAUUGACUACGGUCUUGCGCGUGACGAGGGAAUUUAGAAAUCGCUCGUGAGGACUGAGCUCGUUUCAGACACCAACGCACAUAUCACCGACACACACUUGCUGUAGCGACUGCUUAGAGCAUAGCGGAUCUGUAUGGUAAUGGUUAGAUGAUUUGAAUGGUUCUUAGCUGUAGAAAUAAAAUCAACCGAAAUGAACUUCGC